AGUUUUCUCAAAACUUGCACUUCACCUCACCUCCCUUUCCUCCAAAAAUGGAAACCCGAAAAACCUUCCCCGGAAAACCACAACCCACCACCACCUACUACACCACCGCCGCCACCACCCCCCCAACAGACAUAAUCUCACAAAUACCCACCACCCCAGUUCGCACACCGCACCACCGGCGAGCCCAAUCCGAGACUUUUUUCCGAUUCCCAGAAGACCCAGUUGACAUUCUGUUAGACGAUGUUGUUGCAGAUUUCAAUUUCGCUAAUAUCGAAUUACCUUCUUUAUCAUCUGACGGCGGCGGGCCACCUAUGCCCACCACCACCGGCGAUUCAUCAGGAGAGAGUUCAGAAGUGAAUAAAGGGGUAGUGGUGGGUCAUGUUAGAAGUUUGUCUGUUGAUGGUGAUUUUUUUGAUGGUGAAAAAAGUGGAUAUAGACAUAGAUAUAGUAAUUCUAUGGAUGGAACGACGUCGUUUGAUGAGAUGAUGAUGGCUUUGGAUAGUAAUAGUAAUAGUUAUAGUAAGAAAGCUGUUGGUCCUGAUAAGUUGGCUGAACUUGCUUUGCUUGAUCCCAAAAGAGCUAAAAGGAUUCUUGCAAAUAGACAGUCGGCUGCACGUUCUAAGGAGAGGAAAAUAAGGUACACCGGUGAGUUGGAGAGGAAAGUUCAGACUCUUCAAAAUGAGGCAACCACUCUGUCGACCCAAGUGACAAUGCUCCAGCGGGAUACAACUGGUCUUACUUCUGAAAAUAAGGAGCUCAAGCUGCGGUUACAAGCAAUGGAACAACAAGCAAAACUCAGAGAUGCUUUGAAUGAAACCCUGAGAUCAGAAGUGCAGCGGCUCAAAAUCGAGACUGGUCAAAUGCCACCACUUAACGGAAUGAACUACAACCGACCAUUGCCGCCUCAAUAUUCAUCCCAUCCACCAUCAUUUCAUCACUUUGCGAACCAGAACACUCAGCAACCACAACAGCAGCCUGAUUUAACCACUAACCGUCCACCCAGACCUACCUUCAUGGAUUUCAACUAAUAAGUACACUUAAGAGCUAACGCAGGUGCACCCUGGCUUUAUCUAGGCGCAUUUUGGGUCAAAAAGAGAAAUUAUUAUAUGCAGAAUUUGCCCAUUUUGUAAUGUGGGAUCUAGGAAGGUAUAUCUUGUAGAUAAAAAUGGGAUGUGUUGAUGCAUUAUGUUUAAAUAUUUGUUACAAGAAUAUAGCUCUGAAAGCUUCUUCUGAAACUUGGGACGGUGAUACUUAGGUUUGACUUCUGACAGUCAAAUGCAAACUUUGUUUUUAAAAUGACUAGCAACAUAUUCUUUUUUUCAA